UACUUCCAUUUUUUCUUUAUUCCACCCUCUCUUUGCCUUUUACUGUAAUUUGCAUGAGUCUCAUUUGAAGUGAUAUUCAAGGCAGCAGUCAUAAAAUAUGUAUUUGUCCCUGAAUGAGAGCAAAAUAGCCUUUUAAUUCUGCCGUGAUACUGUCUCAUGCCUGAGCAGUUGGCAGGAAGGAGACAUGCUAGAAUCCAUUAAGGAGUCAGGGUGAUUGUCUCAGCAUCAAUAUUUCAGGGCUUCAUAAUUUCUCCAGACUUAAUUGUAGCCAUAUCUUCCCCUUAUUUUUUGAUAACUACUGAAGAAGCUCCAACUUCCAGCUUGCAAAACAAGAUACUUCUGUAGUUUUGCUGCUGGCAAGGCAUUGCCUGCCUUGGAGAUGUGUACAGUAGCAAAUAUUUGCAAGAGGACACUCUUGUUACUGCAUUUCUGCAUAUUGCAAGUGUUUAUUUUGUUCCUGGAGACAAACUGGUCCUUAUGACACUAAGAAGCUGAACGUACUAUAGCUUGAAAUCUCAAGCCUGCUAGUGAUAUUUGGCUGCCUUAGGAUCACCCAAUGCGGUGUGUAAACUGAUUCUGCUUGCUUCACUACCUUAACUUGUUCGUGUCUCUGGGGUUUGGGCAACUUUAACUUCCACGUCUGUGUUGAACUUCCAACUUCUUAAGUCCUCUUGUCUCAAGGCUUAACCAAGGGUUUGGGAAAGAACAGUCCAGUCCACUGAAGCACUCUGACUUCCAGUCUAGUGGAGGAGGUUGUUGUCCUCUUUCCCUGCCCAAUGAGUUAGGAGAGCUGUUGCUUUGCAAAGCUGGUGCUGGGUUCCUUCUCCUCCAGAUUUACAGACAUAUCUCUAUAAUGACCUGUAUGUUUACAACAUCCGGAAGAACAGCUGGUCUAAAGUAGAGAUCCCCAACCCACCACCAAGGCGAUGUGCUCACCAGGCAGCAGUGGUGCCCACAGCCGGCGGGCAGCUGUGGAUAUUUGGCGGGGAGUUUGCAUCUCCCAGUGGGGAGCAAUUCUAUCAUUACAAGGAUCUCUGGGUCCUGCAUUUGGCUACCAAGACCUGGGAGCAGAUCAAGGCAUCAGGAGGUCCCUCUGGACGAAGUGGACAUCGAAUGGUUGCUUGCAAAAGACAGCUGAUCAUCUUUGGAGGUUUCCAUGAGAGCGCAAGAGAUUACAUCUAUUACAAUGAUGUGUAUGCCUUCAACCUGGACUCCUUCACCUGGAGCAAGCUGGCUCCGUCUGGGAUCGGGCCUGCUCCAAGAUCUGGGUGUCAGAUGGCUACCAACCCUGAGGGCAGCAUAAUCAUCUAUGGAGGCUACUCCAAACAGAGAAUUAAGAAAGAUGUUGACAAAGGCACCCUGCAUACAGAUAUGUUCCUGCUGAAGGUUGAAGGUGCAGGCAAGGAGGAAGACAAGUGGGCAUGGAGUCGGCUCAACCCUUCCGGAGUGAAACCUGCUCCCAGAUCUGGCUUCUCAGUGGCAAUUGGUCCCAAUAACCGCUCCCUUCUGUUUGGAGGUGUGCAUGAUGAAGAAGAGGAAGAGAGCAUUGAAGGGGACUUCUUCAAUGAUAUUUAUUUCUAUGACCUCGGGAAAAACCGCUGGUUUCCUGGACAGCUGAAGGGACCAAAAUCAGAGAAGAGGAAGCGAAGACGUGGCAGACAAGCUGAGGCAGAGGGUGCCGGAGAUGAGGAGAGGGAGAAGCAACCUUCACAAGGCCCAGUGGAGGUAGUCAAAGAGGUGGUGGCAGAAGAUGGAACUGUCAUGACAAUCAAGCAGGUGAUCUCUGGACCUGCGGAAGAAAAGGGGAGGUCUGAAUCAGAGGAGGAGGAGGAAGAUGAAGCCUUGGGCCAGCAAGUGGAGCCAUGCCCACGUUCAAAUGCCAUGCUGGCAGUGAAGCAUGGGGUUCUCUACGUUUAUGGGGGAAUGUUUGAGGUGGGUGACCGCCAGUUCACCCUCAGUGACCUCUACAGCAUCGACCUACACAAGAUGGAAGAAUGGAAGGUGCUAGUGGAGAUGGAUCCAAAAGCACAAGAAUGGCUGGAGGAGUCUGAGUCAGAUGAAGAGGAGGGUGAUAAGGAAGGUGCAGAGGGAGGAGAAGAGGAAGAGGAGAGCUCUGAAGAGGAGAGUGAAGAUGAGAGAGAAGAGGAGCAACACCCAUCUGUUCAGCCUGAUGAGAGCCAUGCAGACUACUUGUCCAGGACGGAGCAGUAUUGGAUUAAACUAGCCCGCAGCAACAUGGGUCCGGAUGCCAAGGAGAAGAAGGUGGUAAAAGUGGCACAUGCCAUGGCAAAGACUUUCUAUGAAGAUUCAGUCUAGAUGUUCUUGAGACUGUUCUAUGAGUGAAAAAGCCUGUUGGGAGCAGUGGUUAGCCCCACAGAACUCAUCCUGAUGUACCAGGCAGUCAGCAUGUUACAAAGCACUCUAUCUUUUGCCUACUCUGGGUGCCUUAGGGCUGACCAGUCUCAGUACGCCUCCUUGGUUAAUACUCUGGAUGUGCUAUUAUUCUCCUGGAAGUUGUGGGAGGAUCUUGAGGAACAGGAUUGCUCUUUGAGCACUUGUUCUGCUGAGGCUGGCCUAUACAAUACUGUCGUAUUUUUGUUCAAAAUUGUUUUGAGUCUGUCAAGACAAACUGCACAUCACAAUGGUUCACUGGUCCCAAAUUCCCUACCCUGACUGGGGCCAGAACGUGUCUCCAAGGGUUUCUACAAUAAACUUAUUUGGUUACAUCA